AUGUCUCGCCAAUUCCCACGAAGCACGCUCAGCCGUACGCACUCGGGCUUCGCCAUGAUCGACCCCGAGACCGAGCUCUUCCACCACAAGCGCGGCCGCGCCCAACACGUCGCCAUCUCGUACGUCUGGAGCGAGUGGCAGCAGUCGACCGGCUCAGGCGGACUGCCAGACUGGCCGCUGCUGCGCGCGCGUCUACGAGAGCUCGUCGGUCCCGGCGCGAGCAGCUUCAUGCGCGUAACCACCGGCCAUCGCCUCAACUGCUGGCUGGACUCCAAGUGCAUCGACCAGGCUUCCGCCGCGGACAAGGCAUAUUGGAUUCCGCAGAUGGACGAGGUGUACAGCGAGGCGCGGUGCACGGUGUUGCUGCUUCGUGGGGUAGAUCUGGGCGUCCUUGCAGAAGCCGAGCAACGCUUGGCUUGCGAUAUCGACGAUGAUACACACAGCUGCCUGCUGGCGCAGAGUUGCACGGCAUUGACGGAUCUCUCCGGGCUGCCGGAGCUGGAAAUGGUUGCUGUGGUACGGCAGCUCUGGGACGGGACUUGGAGACGGCGGGCGUGGAUCUUCCAGGAGAUCCUGCUCUCAGAUGAGUAUAUCCUGAGCGGUGAGAACAACACGCAGCUCAGACUGUCAGAUAUUGGCGUCCUUGCGGGCUUGCUCUUCCGUCGACUACCGGAGAAAGGUUUCUGGAACAAGUUUUCGGACUGGUGUCGCCGCCUUUUGUGGCUGCGCAGGCGCUACUUCAACUACAAUCUCUGUGCUGCCAGCAUCCUCCAGAUGGCGCAAGGUCUCGAAGCGGCCGUGCCGGCGGACAAGUAUUAUGCUCUGUGUGGUAUACUGCGGCUCGAGAGUCUGUCGUACAACCGUGACCACACUGCACACGAAGCACUUCAGGCCGUCUGCUUCGAGCUAACGCGCAAGGGGGCACUUUCUUGGCUGUACGCUAUACGACCAGCCAUGCAAGUACCACCAAACAGUCAGAUGAUCGAUGUGCGAGAAUCAAGUCUUUCAGCAUACGUCGACAUCCACCAAGAGCUGAGCGGCAGCUUCUACGCCAAGCCCCGAGUGACCCCCAGAUCGGUCUCAUUCGACGUGAACGUACUCGGUACCGUGCGUAAAGUCCUGUCCAUUGCGGAUGUCCUUAGUCAGACCGAGCAUAUGCUUCAAGGCAACCCACAAGUCGUGGCUAUUCCUGACGAGUUAGCCUAUCUGGCGAACAUCCCUAUUCUACUGUUGAAAAUGGCCCUCGAUAGCACCCUUCCCCUCCUUCAGGGAACGCUGGCUGCUCUUCUCAACCGGGUGCUUGGACUUGGAGUUGAUGCAUCGGCCGCAGAUAUGGUCUGGCGCCUCUACACCCUCGAAGACGGCCCCGAUCGCCCGCCAUCCGACCAACGAUCACAAGACCUUCCAACCAAGGAGCUCGCUAUGUCCGCAUCCUGGGCGUUGAAUCGGCGGAUCGCGGCGCUGGAGCAAGACUACCGCGUCAUACUGUGGAGUAGAGACGAGACUACCUCCUCGUCACAACCUCGAGAUAGUUCUGACUUGAAAGACUGUGCUAUGGCCCUCGGCCUCGCACAUGUGGUGGAAGCGGCCGGUGUUUGUCGCGUACGAGGGGAUCAGAUACUCAUCGCCGCGUCUCUAGGCGGCGGCACCGGUGCCGAGAUGGCUGCUCGAUGGGCUGGAGCGUUGAUCUCGUUGCGCGGCGAGGACAUCAAGUUGGGUCUGCUGGAUAGACUGGCCGCGAAGAUGAGGCGGAAACCAGCGGGCGAGGGGAGGCCCGUUCAGCUGGAUUUUGCUUUGGAGGGAGAGCAAGAGGUCUCCUACCAGCAAGUAAUCAAUGGCAGCUUCUCAGAAGACUCUUCCGGCUGGCAGAAGGUUGUGAGAUGCUGUCGUAUUGCUAAAGCCCGUGGGUUGGACUGGGCGUGGAUCGACACAUGCUGCAUUGACAACACCAGCAGCGCUGAGCUAUCGGAGACCAUCAACUCUAUGUUCGCGUGGUAUGAGGCUUCGUCAGAGUGCUACGUCUUCAUAGAUGGGAUCCCUACUACCAGCCUGCCAGCCCUGGACAGUAUGGCAGACGAGGACCGAUGGAUGCAAGGGCUGGCACCAGCCGAGAUCCAGAACAUCUUUGCCUUCACUGAGAACCACUGGUUUAAGCGAGGAUGGACUCUGCAGGAAUUAUUGGCACCAUCCUCGGUCACCUUCUUUAACGAGACGAACGAUGUUCUUGGUGACCGCGCCCAACUGGCUGCCCUCACCUCCCACGCUACCAGCAUUGACAUCGGCCAUCUCAAGCAGGAGACGGACUUCCACGACGCCAGCGUAGCUCAGCGUAUGGGCUGGGCUUCGCAACCGCUGACCACCAGGCCCGAAGAUAUGGCGUAUUCCCUGUUGGGCUUGUUCGGCGUCAACAUGCCGCUCCUCUACGGCGAAGGUGGAGAGAAAGCCUUCAGACGGCUGCAGCUCGAGGUCCUCAAGCUCAGUGCGGACGAGUCACUUUUCGCUUGGGGAUUGCGUUCUCCCUUGGGAAAACUCACUGGUAUGCUGGCAGCAUCGGGGCGGGAUUUCGCGGGCUCGGAGCGUGUGGCAAGCGUACCUAUCUACUCAGGAGUCCAGACACGGUUCGUGACUGUCGAUCGUGGGAUCGCGAUACAAAGUCGUGAUUGGCGCAACAUCUUCUCUCGUUUCGUUGGGCUUUGGGAUGGCUUGGGCACCGGGCUUGCUGGGCAAGAUCCAGAGCCUAGGCGCAACAUCUUCUCUCGUUUCGUUGGGCUUUGGGUUACCUUGGACUUCCGAGCCUGCUGGGCAAGACCCAGAGCCAGUCCCUUGGAGCAUCAUCUUGUAUUGCGAAAAACAGCCGGACGUGGAUGA